AUGAGCCGCACAAGAAAAGAUGUACAAGGUGUGAGGGAUCCCAAGGGUAAGAAAAGAAUCUCGUCACAUGAUUCCAUCAACUCCCUUGCACAAUCGAAGCUACGCAAACAUAAUAGUCCUCAUUAUAAUGAUGGAGAUUGUGUGCUUAUGAUGGCCCCUAAUCCGGAUGAUCCACCAUAUGUUGCUCAGAUUGUAGAAUCCAAGGCUAAAAAGGUGACAGUAAGAUGGUACUACAGACCCCAAGACACUGAUCUUUGGAAGAAAGACUGUCACGGUGACCUUUGGAAGAAAGACUGUCACGGGAAAAAAGAAUUGUUUCUAUCUAACCAUUUUGAUCCUCAAAGUCUAGAUUGUAUCCUAGGAAAGUGUACCGUGCACACUUUCCAUGAAUAUAUGGAGCUUGAAGGUCGGCGUUCUGAUUCCGAUUACUACAGUCGAUUUGAGUAUGAUAUUUAUAAGAAAAAAUCUUAA